CAGCCAAAUUACAUUAUUUCGGCUGUGUGUUUUGGAAUGCUGGAAUCCCAGAACCAUUUCGACGGUGCGCCACCUUAUCCACUUUGGCGUAUUUUGGAAUUUGGCAAUAUACAUACAUAAUUUGGCAAUAUUCCACUGACACAAAAAUUCAGGAGUAGAAUAUUUGAGUAAUUACAAAUUAUUCAAGCGGACAGAUUAAUUGAAAUAUUACGUUUUCGAUUGCUUGCUUAUGCGGUUAUUGGCUGUGGAACUCGAGAAAUAUCUGGCCUCAAGCCUAAAAAAAAGAGCACAACAAAAGAAUAAUAACAAAAACAGUUGUCAAAAGGUGUCCCACAACGCACAACACGUUCUGUUUGGGUCUCGUUAAGUGUUGAUAAGUGCCUCGCCAAUUGAGCGGUUUUACUCCGUCAGUUAAAGACCAUUGCUUCAGGACUGUUGAACCUCUGCUCAGGAAUUUCAUUGAAUAUAGUGAGACAAAAGCCAAAUGAAUCAACAGAGAAUGAAGUAGAGUACUGUGUUGUGCUGGGCUGUGCUGAAUGUCGAUGUUGACUCUGGGCUCGAUAACGAACGACAGGAUAAUACCUCACAAAUGACAGUGUGUGACAGAGUGUGAUGUGAGUCAUCGAGGGAGAAAUCGAGGGGAGAUGCCAACCACCAGGGUGGAUGAUGUGUGAUGUACAAGUGAGAGGGGCCUGUUCAUUUCCGCAAGAACGACAUGGAUGAUGAACAAGCAACGAGGGGUGCUCAUAAGAUCUGUGAGGUCUGCGGGGCUCGGGCCCUUGGGUACAAUUUCAAUGCUAUCUCCUGCGAGAGCUGCAAGGCAUUCUUCCGGAGGAAUGCACUCAAGAAUAAGGAUUUCAGAUGUCCCUUCACCGAGAACUGCAAAGUGACCCCAGUGACCCGCAGAUUUUGUCAAAAAUGUCGCCUGGACAAGUGUUUAACCGUGGGUAUGAGAAAAGAGUACAUAAUGACCGAGCACGAUAAAGAACUGAAACGCAAGAAGAUCGAGCAGAACCGAGCGAAGAAGCGUCCGACCUCGGACCCCCCAAAGUCCCGAAAAAUGAAGCGUGAGAUAAUCGAUGAACCCAAUUACGACGACACAUCAGUAUCAGUGGCAUCAGUGGCCUCAACAGUCUCGGAGACGUGCUUCUGGGAGUCAGAGCGAAAGUAUACAGACCUGGACGGCAAGGGGUCCUCGACAAUCGAGAGCAUGAGUCCAGUGACAGCAGCAAGUGUUCCCAGUCCCUCGUCGCCAGAGAGUAGAGACAUCAUAGGGUCGAAAACCCUGGAGAUGCUGAAGGAGUCCCCUCCCACCUCUAGCCCCCAGUGCCCCUCCCCAGGAGCUGAAAAGCCCUACGAUGCGCAUGACUCACCCCAAGAAGUACAAAUCAAUGAAGAGGGGACUCAGAAUGACCCUGAGAGCCUCUCGGACUUCACCUCAAACCCCUCCUUCAGCCCUUCGAGCCACCAUAUCGAGAGUUCGACGUCUGAGCCGACAAAUUCAUGUGAAAAAUCCAAGAGAAUUGACCCCAAUACUUCGGACCUUCUCGAGAAACUCCAGAGUCCCAGUUUCAUCUUCAGGCUGAUGAGAAGGCCUCAGCUGAUCAUGGAGAUUUUUCAGGACGAAACCCUCCUGUCGAGGCUUGUAAACAAUCCCAAGGUUGCUCAACUACUGGAGGAGAGCGAGAGGGAAGAAAUUCCAGAAGCUUCCACUCAGUCCCUGGCUAACAAUGGAGUCUCUGAUGAGCUGAUAAGAGACAUGCUGGAGACUGACCCUGGGAUUGGUUAUGUGGACAAUCCCAUUCUGACUGAUUUGAUCGGGGAAUCGAAGGAGGGAGAUGAUGAGGUCGAACACGCCACCUCCAGCAGUCAGGUCUUUCAAGGGAAUGACAAGGUCACCAACGACGUGACCAAGGUCAUGCAGGAUGUGGGCAGCACACCCAUUGCUAAUAACUCCAUUGAGUCCAUACUCUGUGAGGCUAUCAAGCUGGAAUUCUCGGCUUACUCCUGUCUCGGGAACAAUCAGAGUAAUAGGGAGCUGAAUGACGCUGAGAGGGCCAAGCUGAAUGAAUUGAUUGUUGCUAAUAAGGCACUUCAGGCACCACUCGAUGAUGAUAUCACGACUUUGCUGGGAGAGGAGUGUUCUAUUGAUGGAAAUGCUGGACAAGCCAGUGGAACGCUGCUAAACCUCAUAAAUUUGACAGCAGUAGCGAUAAGGAGGCUGAUAAAAAUGGCGAAGAAGAUAAAUGCAUUUAAAAAUAUGUGUCAGGAGGACCAAUUAGCAUUACUCAAGGGAGGAUGUACGGAGAUGUUGAUUCUGAGGUCAGCCCUCACUUACGAUUUUGAGAAGGAUCUCUGGAAGAUUCCGCACUCCCAGGAGAGCAUGUCUAUGAUAAAAACCGAUGUGCUGAAGCAGGCCAAGGGCAAUAUUUAUGCAGAGCAUGCGAAGUUCGUCAAGGAUUUCGAUCCAAAGUGGAGGGAUGAGAAUAUUAUCCUGAUUUUGAGUGCCAUUGCAUUAUUUACGCCGGACAGAGCCCGGGUUGUUCAUAGCGAUGUUAUUAAGUUGGAGCAGAAUUCCUAUUAUUACCUUCUCCGAAGAUACCUGGAGAGCGUCUACCCAGGUUGUGAAUCAAAAUCCAUGUUUUUGAGGCUGAUCAGAAAGAUAUCAGAUCUGCACAGGCUGAACAAAGAAGUCGUCGGGGUUUACCUAAACGUCAAUCCCUCCAGUGUCGAGCCACUGCUGAUCGAAAUAUUCGAUUUGAAAAAUUGAUGGAACGCAAUUACAGAGAGGUUAUAGAGAUGAAUAUUAGGAGAAGAAGAAGUAUAUCAGUAUCACUGUUCACAGAUUUAACGUUGUUUAUCAUAGAAAUUGUAUAAAUAGGGAUUUAGGGAGUUUUGAGAAGGUCCUUUGAACUAUGAAUCGAAGCUCUUAUCUGCAAAUUAAGAGUAGCUACCCAGUAAAUGGACAAUCUGCUUUUGAGUAGGAAAUUACGCGGUGAAAUAUUAAAAUGUGAAUUGUUGCUUUGCAUUUUUAAUAACUUGUGAUUUUUAAUCCUCAAAUGACGGUAUUUUUUUUUUUCGAUUGAUUUUUUUUUUUUAAUGUUAAAAUGCUAAAAUGUCUGAAUAAUGAAAUAUCUGUCUACUGGGUAGUUUACGCUGCUAUUCUCGGCGCUCUACGAAUUAACGACGAUCAAUUGAACGCCAUAUCAAAGUAAUACUCAGUGCUGUAGUUGUAAGGUAGAUCAAUUUGAGUCAAUAGAGAUGUGAUCAUUGAAUCAUUGUUACCAGGGCUGGGCAAUAUACUGAAUGGGGAGCUGAGGACGGACUAGAGUGAAAUUCACCUUUUGAAUGCUGAUUUUUUGGUUCUUGUUAUUUUUUAAAAAAUCAGAACAGAAAAAUCUAUUGUUCAAAGUGAAAAAAAAAAUAUCGAAAUUUGCCUAAAAAAUUUAGGUUAUUAUAAGAACCAAAUCUUCGACCCUCAAAAUUAAAUUCUUGGUCUUUCAUGCAUCAGAGGGUCUCCAGAUAUUUUUAAUGUUUUUUCUUUUUCUGUAUAAAAAAGUAUCAACUGAGCUCAUUUAAUAAUAUUUUAGUUGGAAUUCAUAAUUAAAAUAGAUCAUUGUUAUUAUUCUGGAGAUAAUUAUUUCUCCUUGAAAUUGUAAAUUACGUAAUUUUUCCGUUCUCAUCCUCAAUCAAUUUAUCAACUCAUGAAUAUUUUCA